AUGGAAGAGUUAAUAGUUGAGCUGCGCCUGUUUCUUGAACUUCUGGACCAUGAAUAUCUAACUUCCACUGUCAGGGAGAAGAAGGCAGUAAUAACUAACAUUCUCCUGAGGAUACAGUCAUCAAAAGGUUUAGAAAUAAAAGAACAUGUCCAAAAGCAAGAAGUUGCCAACAGUUUGCCGGCGCCUCCUCAAAUGCCUCUGCCAGAAAUACCUCAGCAGUGGCUGCCACCAGAUAAUGGGCCUCCACCACUGCCAACAUCUUCCCUUCCUGAAGGCUAUUAUGAAGAGGCAGUGCCACUUAGUCCUGGGAAGGCACCUGAGUACAUCACUUCCAAUUAUGACUCAGAUGCUAUGAGCAGCUCUUAUGAAUCCUACGAUGAAGAGGAGGAGGAUGGAAAGGGGAAGAAAAUGAGACAUCAGUGGCCUUCUGAGGAAGCCUCUAUGGAUCUGGUGAAGGAUGCCAAAAUCUGUGCCUUCCUUCUUAGAAAAAAACGAUUUGGGCAGUGGACCAAACUACUGUGUGUUAUCAAAGAAAACAAACUACUGUGUUACAAAAGCUCCAAGGACCAGCAGCCCCAGAUGGAGCUGCUCCUGAAUGACUGCAAUAUCACCUAUAUUCCCAAAGACAGCAAAAAGAAGAAGCAUGAGCUGAAAAUCUCUCACCAAGGAGCAGAUGCCCUGGUUCUGGCAGUGCAGAGCAAAGAGCAGGCAGAACAGUGGCUAAAGGUUAUUAAAGAUGUGUGCAGCAACUGUACGGGAGCUGUAGACUCUGAUGGGCCUUUGUCUAGUUCUCCAGUACACAAAGUGGAGCUGGAAAAGAAGUUGUCGUUUGAGAGGCCAAGCUCAGAUGGGGAAGGUGCUGUGGAAAAUGGCAUCACUACCGUGUGCAAUGGUAAAGAGCAAGUGAAGAGGAAAAAAAGUUCAAAAACGGAAGCCAAGGGCACUGUGACUAAAGUAACAGGGAAAAAAAUAACGAAGAUCAUUGGUUUAGGAAAGAAAAAGCCAUCAACAGAUGAACAGACCUCAUCUGCUGAAGAAGAUGUUCCAACAUGUGGAUACCUCAACGUGCUCUCUAAUAACCGUUGGCGCGAGCGCUGGUGCAGAGUGAAAGACAAUAAACUCAUUUUCCACAAGGACAGGACAGAUCUGAAGACACACAUUGUCUCUAUCCCACUCCGUGGCUGUGAAGUCAUCCUGGGGCUGGACUCGAAGCAUCCCCUGACCUUCCGCCUGCUCCGGAAUGGGCAGGAGGUCGCUGUGCUUGAGGCCUCCUCCUCUGAAGACAUGGGCAGAUGGAUAGGAAUUUUGCUGGCAGAAACAGGGUCUUCCACAGACCCUGGAGCUCUGCACUAUGACUACAUCGACGUGGAAAUGACGGCCAGCGUCAUCCAGGCUGCGAAACAGACCUUCUGUUUCAUGAACAGGCGGGUUAUAUCUACAAAUCCAUACCGGGGAAGCACUGCCAAUGGCUACGCCUGUCCAAGUGGAAUGGCACUUCAUUAUGAUGAUGUUCCCUGCAUAAAUGGAUCGUGGGAACCAGAAGAUGGCUUUCCUUCUUCUCGUAGCAGGAACAUUGGAGAAGAAAUGCUUUAUGAUAACGCAGGCCUGUACGAUAACUUGCCGUCUCCAAAAAUCUUUGCGCGCUAUCCACCAGCUGACAGGAAACCCAAUAGGUUAUCUACUGACAAACUGUCCUCUAACCAUUACAAAUACCCUGUCUCAUCCAAUCUGUCUUCUGCUCAGUCUGUCACUAAUACCUCUGCUGUGGGGAGGGGAUCUGGCUCGCAGUUUAAAGGCAAGAAGCCUCCUGUGACUACUAAUGGGAUCACCGGAAAAGCAAGAACUUUAAAUAGCCAGCCAAAGAAACCUGAAGCAGUUUCCUGCGUGAAGCGCACUGCAUCCAAUGCAGAGCAGUACAAAUACGGCAAGAAUCGUGUGGAGGCAGAUGCAAAGAGAUUACAAAGCAAAGAGGAGGAGCUGCUAAAGAAGAAAGAAGCCCUCCGGAACAGGCUGGCCCAGCUCCGGAAAGAGAGAAAAGAUCUGCGUGCUGCCAUUGAAGUCAAUGCUGGCAGGAAGACCCAAGUGAUUCUUGAGGACAAGUUAAAGAAGCUGGAAGAGGAGUGUAAGCAGAAGGAGGCUGAGCGUGUAAACCUGGAGCUAGAACUGACUGAGGUGAAGGAGAGCCUUAAGAAGGCCUUGGCUGGUGGCAUCACACUGGGCUUGGCUAUUGAACCCAAAUCAGGAACAUCAAGUCCACAGUCUCCAAUUUUCAAGCACCGAACGUUGGAAAACUCUCCAAUCUCCAGCUGUGACACCAGUGAUACUGAAUGCUCCAUCCCUGUGAACAGCGCUGCGGCUCUGAAGCGACCUCCCUCAUCAAACAAUUCUCCAUGUAGAGGCCAUGUCCUUCGAAAAGCAAAGGAAUGGGAGAUGAAAAAUGGAACAUAA